AAGCUGCCCCUCGUCGGGGUCGAGUCCGCGGACGGCGCCAAGGAUGGCCAGGCAGUCAUGCAAGACUCCGUGCGCUACGAGGCAUUGUCCGAUUUGGUUACUUUCCUGGAUGCGAGUGCUUUCAGCGGCGUCCGCGCCCCAGGCGCAAGCCUCGAUUCAGAUGAUGCGGCCAAGAUGUCCGUCGAGCUGUCUUUGUUCUUCUUGCAGAUGGUGGUUCAGGUCAAAGGCCGCGUCGGAGUUGCGGCGUCGCAGCACGGCCACCUCUUCGCCGAGGCGGACGGGCCAGCCGCGACGCUGGAGGUCUUGUUCUGCGCGCGCGAGCGCGCCCAGUGCAUCGUCGCCGAGAGCGCGAUCAAAGUGGGGUUCUGCAAGACGGAGUUGCUCAACAGGAUGUCGGCGAUCAUCCACAGCCAAGUGUUUGAAUUCAGAAAGAUCAGGCCCGGCUGGGGCACCGUGCGCGGCCAGGAGACGGGGGCGCUCAACGAGGAAUUCGCGCUCAAGCAGUUCAGCAAUUUGGAGGUGGUGGUGCACUGGUACAACCUC